AACCGGCUAGAGAAAUAGAACAGAGCCAAAAGUCGCGUUCUCCCCUGUUACCGGAGAUCAAGCCGUCCGCCGUUCAUCGCUAAGAAGAAUCAUGGAUUUAGGCUUCGCCGUCGGUGCUCUCGGUGUAAUCAUCCUCUUUCACUCCAUCUAUUCAACAAUCCAGUACAAGACUAUGCUCAAAUUCACUGAGGACGAAUUUUCUGGACCUCCGAUGAAUGUUUUCAUGGAGUUAAGUAUCGGAUUGGUGCUUUGUCUUUGGGCAUCACUUGCUGUUCCAGCUAAGUUUCAAUCUAUACUUCCUAAUUCAGAUGAGAAUAGGAUUGUUAGCUUACCGGAAAAUUUGGACUUCAUGAUAUUUAACCAUCGCGGAAGAGUGGUGUUUCCUUUGGAAGUUGCUACGCAGUUGAAGAAGUAAUCUUAUUAGUUCUUAUAUGUAAUUGUAGACGCUGUUGAAUUCAUCAUCAUCAUCAUCACCACGGUUUUUGUACUAUCGAUAGCAUUCAAUGUACUCUAAAUACAAUUAAUCACGGUUUUUGUCCUCGAUUAUGCAAAGACUUUGUAAUUGAUAAAAGUUGUAUGCUUCAA